CCCAUCUCAAGCCUUUCAGAACGUAUCGAAUAAGUCAAAAAUCGGUCUGACGAAAUUUAAGCAUUUUUCCGUCAGUACAAGAACAAGAUGGCCUUAGCCGACUUUGGUUUUUCCGAGUUCCACGACUGUGAUCGCAGUGCCAACGUCUUCUCAAACCUGUACGACAAGGUUCUCUGUGAGGUGGUUCAACGAAAAUUCAACCGGAAGCGCAUAGUGGAACAAAUACCGGAUGAGCCGAAUUGUACUGCGACGAACUGGAUCUUCGAAAAAGACAACCAAAAUUGGUUUAAAUGUUGCAAGAAGAAGAAAUCACUGAUGGCGACUGGUAUUUUCUUGUGAUUGUAUCUUUCUAUAACAAGGUUGAACAAGAUACUUCUUCUUCUAGCUGUAGUUUUUUUUAGAAAGAAGCUGUAGAAGAAGCUCGCGAAUGGGACAUGAUUUUUUCAAAAAGAAGUAGAAGGGCCGUUUCCUCAUGAUUACAACUAGUAGGAACAGCAUCACUGAAACUCGUUCAACAUCAAAAUACCUGCACCCGCCCAGGCGACUUCAUGUGUCAGCACAUCGAGCCGCUGUAUUUUAUCCCACCGAUAUUAACCGGGAAGGCUGGAGGGAUGAAACAAUUGCUAUCUUCCGUGAUUUCGAUUUUCGACUCCGUGAUGGGUACAAAGCGGACAGGCCUUUCGGGUCCAGCUCAACUCCCACAACAACGCGACAAUCAAUCUUCCGACGAGAAAUUUCAGCUGUGUUUCCAGACUUUGAGGCCAGGGCAAUACCUGAACGAAGGCUGCUAUUGUUGGAAAGGCGUAGAGGAAUGCAUUGAUCCGGGUGCGGGGGCGAGCAUAUACUUCCUCUAG